AUGCCACCUCCAAAGAGCCCAGCGGCACUCCAGGAGCAAUUAAAAGACUUGGAAGGGGCCAGAACCAUAAACUCUUUGAAGCACAAGAUCUGGAGCGGACCCGAUGGUUCUGAACUUGUCAGGAUGCCCAUUUUAGAAAGAACGUUUGCAGAGCCAUCCUUGCAGGCUUCUCGGAUGAAGUUGAAAAGAGCUCGACUAGCUGAUGAUCUGAAUGAAAAGAUUGCUCGAAGACCUGGUCCUAUGGAGCUGGUAGAGAAAAACAACCUUCCUGUAGACUCCAGUGUUAAGGAGGUAAUUAUAGGCAUUAGGAAGGACGACUGUCCUCAAACUCACGGCAAUUUAUCAUUUGACAAAGACAGCAGUGAUGCUUUGUCUCCAGACUGGCCAGCCAGCUAGGAGUCGCAAGGG